AUGCCCGUAACACUAUGCAACGCGUUGUUUGAGGUGUUGGGCGUACCGGCGGGUUCGGUCUUGCGAGAGAACAUUCUGCGGUCUGCUUCCGCCCUCCUGGGAAGCAGUGACAUGGACGCCGUGAUCCCUCCUGCCGAUGGCAUAGGGGAGGCUUCGGUGUCCGACUUGCUCAUCCCGCUCAACGAGGAAUUCAAUGCGGCGGCGGAUCAACUGGCGGCGCUGUGGAUCGCAGCAAAAUUUUGGGGUGUGUCGCUGCAGCGUGUCUCCUUGAUGUCUUUAGUGACUGAUAUCAUCUUUCAGUUGGAGGAUUCUGACGAGUUGGAUGCGCAGAGAGAGGCAUCAUACGAUACAAUGGAGAUCGUUCACCGGCUUUGCAAGGCGGAAGUAGUCUUGCUGCGGCGUCACGGGUACAUUGUACCUGGCGUGUCUUUGGGUGCGGCACACGCGUGA